AUGCUCGUGGUGCUCCAAGUCGUUUACAAAGGACGAGCACCUGGCCCGACAUGUGAGAACUCAUACCAGAGAGAAACCCUUUCUCUUAUGUGGUGUAACUUGCAAAAGAGGAUGUACGCUAACGGAACCUCCAGUGACUCUCUUCUACGACAUUCAAGAUCUCACCAAUCACCUCGACGUGACACUGGUGUACCUCACAAUGAGAGUGGUGCCAGGGCUCCACCACUCCAUUGUGAGAAUGAGCAAAUCUCUCUAUCCAACCACAACUACUCAAUAGACCGUCAUGAGACCCCUACGUCUCCACAACAAUUGUCUUCAAUGGAACUGGAAUGUCCCCAGGCGACUGACCUCCGGUCAACAUCAUACUCGUUUUCCAAUCCGGCUGAACAACAGAACACCCUCGUUUCAAAUGUUGAAGAACUGGCCCAGACACAUACAAACGGAGUGCCUGGGUUCCCAACGCCAGGGUCCCAGUCUAAUCUGACAGAACCAGACGCAAGUCUGGAUAUGCCCAGUCAAGAUGGGCCAUGGAACUUCGGGAAUACGAAUACUGAAAUGCCAGCGUGGUUUGCAGACGACGAUUUUGAUAUUUCUGCUCUCAAUUCAGAGAUCAUGAUGUCAACUGCCCAAUGGCUCCCCCUUGGAAAUGCAAGCCAGUGGCAUCAUGCACCUUUCGUCAACACCCCCGGACAGCCUACAGAAAACAUGACCUCAUGUUGCGAGGAUGUGGUACAAAGGUAUUGGUACACAUUCAUGGGGACCUCACGAACAGGGCAAAUCACACCAGACACGGGUACAGAGCGGACACAGGUGGAUGAGGCAUACCGAGCUAGCCUGGCCGUGAAGCUGCAGCCAGACAUACCCUUUCUCCCCCUUCCAUCGACGGACUUUUUGAAUCUUUGUGUCCAAAUGUACUUCACCAAAUUCCAUCGCGUGUUUCCUAUUGUGCAUGCUCCGACUUUCAGACCAUCCUCUAAAAGCUCACUCCUCUUGCUAUCUCUUUGUUCCUUGGGAAGUCUAUUUGUGGGAUCCUCCCAUGCUGCAUCUCAGGGGCUCAAAGUCUUUGAGACCCUCAACAAGGCCAUUUUAUCAUCGUGGGAGAGACAUUUCUCGAGGCAAGGGCCUGAGACCAUUGCCAUGGUUCAGGCGGCUCUCAUAGGGCAGACGUUUGGACUACUGUCGGGGAGGCAGAAAGACUUACUGAUUGCGGAGACUUUUCACGGUACUUUGGUUGUUCAGUGGGCCAGGAGAGCAACCGCAUCGAAGCCCAAAAAAGCAUUGGACUAUAUAAGCUUGAGUGAAAUAUUGGAUACCCCAGAAAAGGCUUGGAAGAAGUGGAUCCAGGCAGAAGAACAGAAUAGACUACUUGCAGGAGUUCACGUCCAUGAUGUUGAGAUUUCAGAAUUGUUCCUCACGGAUCCUUACCUGCGACAUUCACCGAAAAGGCUACCACCGCUAUCCGAUGAUGACCUCUGGGCUGCAACAACCGUGGAAGACUGGAGCCAAAAGAUGAUGAGCCGAUUAUCCAGCUCGAAGAAUCAUAUCUAUGGAACUCACCUGCACCCGCCGGAAACAAUAGUCAAUGAGGCUACCCUGUCUUCUUCUGCUCCUCCGAAAAGUGACUUCCACAACUAUCUCGAACUCGAAGGGCUUGCCGCGUCGGCCAUCGAAGCGAAGAAUACCAGUGAUCCGACUGAGCGAAGAUCUUUCGAGAAUAUACUGAUCAACUUUCACAAAUUGCACAUCAGCCCCAACAGAGGUCACAAAGUGGACUCGUAUUGUCUAUCCACCUUAUGGCACUCGAUAUUCUUCUCUUUGUACGCUGACAUAAAUCGACUUGAACUUGCAAUCGGCAAAGAAGGGUUCGCCGAGGCAGAAAACCACGUAGAGCACGUCCGUUCAUGGGCAUCAUCCCAAGAUGGCCAAUGCUGUGCUCUACAUGCCGCACUUAUACUCCGCGAGCUAGAGAAGGAGAACAUCGGAACUGAGCCACCCAUGCACAUUCCACGAAUCAUAUUUCGCGCAGCAUUGGUCUGGUUCUGCUAUACUCGCUUCGGAACGGAUACAACAGACUCGCGGCUGACCAUGCAAUCUUCUGCAUUGCAGAGGAUUGGUGUCAACUGCCAAAGACUGCUGUUUGAAGCGAAUGGAUUCAAGGUGUUACGCCCAACAGCUUCCGAGUCGAGAACGUUCUCAGGGCUGGUGGAUAUCUUAUCGAGGGCUGGACACUGGGGGAUCUCGCAGUUGAUGUGGUCGAUCUUGAAUUUAUUGCUUCCUGAUGUUAAGGAUGAGGAGAGAUAUGUACGGUGA